AUGACCCCGAUCAACAUCACCAUUUUAUCGCCCCUCUGCCCAUCGUCGGCGUCUGUAUCUCCACCGCCGCAUCUCCCACCGUCCUGCACGUGUUUCCAGCCACAACAAUGGAGGCAAAAACAGAACCGUUGUGGGGCCCUUGUCUUCCAAUCGUUGGGACUCGAUCGUUUGUUUUUGGGAUCAAAUUUGUUCGUUGCUGGCUACCGCUUUCCACAACAACGUAGCAUCGACCUAGCCACCAUUCGCCUCAGUCCCAUUCGUUGCUCACGAGCCGAGCCUGUCAUUAGCCGCAUCGAAACAGUCUUUCUCGUUAGCCGACGGAUGAAGGCGGCGAAUUAUGGCCUCAGCUGCAAGAUUGCCGCCUCCUUGGGUCGCCAGAGCCUGCAAGUCUCGUUGUCAGUUGCUGCUUGGUCAUGUGGUGCUCGUCUCGCCGUGAAGGGCCUACUCUCGUCAGCCGCAUUUGGUGGCCUGCCUCGCCGUGAAUGGUCAGCCCUCAUCGCCAGAAAUUGUUGCUAUUUGGGCGAGAGAGAAGAAGGGCUGGUGGCUGGAAGCUAA